UAAACUUUCGCACGCGUCCGUAAAACAAGCCAAGUAAACAUUAAGUUUCGUGACCAUUGCCGAUACUCGUGAUAGUUUACCUACUUUCAGUUAAUCAUAUAUUUAUUUAUGUAUGCCAAUGAUGGAUUGGUGAAGAGGAUAGGAAAUAGCUGGGAUCCUUGGUCCUGCCGAAGCUGCUCGUGCAAAAAUCACGCGGUUCAUUGGUCGAGAUAGUUGUUACAUUUCCUCGAGUGAAGUUUGAGUUUUUGGUUCUUCGUUGCUGUGGUUCAUGGCAGAGUAGGUUGGUUUUUGUCAGUGUUUGCGCGAGUGUUUGGGAAGUAAAAAAAAAAAAAAAAAAAAAAAAGAAGCUGCAAAAAUGUCGGACAGCACGAUGGAGAAGAACAUGAUAAACAUCAGCAUGGGAAACAGGAUCAGCAGGUCGAGCAGUUCGAUCAUCAUCAGUAAUAAUAACAACAACAACAACAUCAACAACAACAAUAAUAACAAAAACCGAGACAUUGAAAAGGGAGAAGCACCGAACCAUUGUCGAAGCGACGGCACCUACAACAGCAAGGGCAGCAGCAGCAGCAGCAGCAGCGUCGAGAUCCACGGGGACGGGAGUGGGUCCGGAGUGGGGCCACCACCAGUAGGUUUGUACAACGACAACAACAACAGCUCCGCGACAACCGGCGGCAGCAACAACAACAACAACAACAACAACAACUCCUCUCUCGAACUCGCCGGCGGAGCAGCACCUGCUGCUGGCAGCUCCAGUAGCGCUGGCACGCCGUCGACCCGACGCUGGGCCGCAGUCGCUCGCCUGCUGCGGCGCCUGCUGUUGGCGAUGAUACUGCUGGCCGGCCUCGCGGCCGCACUCGCAGCCCUGUGGCUAUAUCUCGGACCUCUGUUUAUCGUCCAGCUCUGCCUGGUCGUGCUGGUCGCCUAUCUCGUCUCCGGGGGCAGCUUCCGGUGGUUCUACGUGGCCUUCAAGACGGCGCCCCGUGACCUCAAAGCAAUAUUGCGCUACGUGUGCUUGCUGUGGACGAUAAAGGCUCACGAGAAGAAAGACCGGAGCGUGGCCGACAUAUUUCGGCAGCACGUCGCCCGUAACCCCAACAAGCCGUGUUUCAUUUUCGAGGAUCAGGAAUGGACGUUUCAACAGGUCGAGGAGUACAGCAACAAGGUCGCUACGGUGUUCAAGACCCACGGCUACAAGAAGGGCGACGUAGUGGCCCUUUUGUUGGAAAAUCGGCCCGAGUUCGUUUGCAUCUGGUUGGGCCUCAGCAAACUCGGCAUCAUCACUCCCCUCAUCAACACCAAUUUGAGGAAAGCCACCCUACUGCACAGCAUCAAAGUGGCGGAAUGCCAGGCGCUAAUCUACGGAGCUGAUUUGUCAGAAGCCGUGAAGGAUGUAGCAACGUCGCUGGAUUCGAAGUUGGGCCUGUACAGGCUGACGGACAAACCGGACACACCCUCGGAUGGGCUGAAGGAGAAGGAGCUCAACAACUUCUUGGCCGAGGCGCCUUCCUCGCCACCGGUGCUUCAAGAAAAGGGCUGCUACGGAGACAAGCUCAUGUACAUUUACACGAGCGGCACGACGGGUUUGCCCAAGGCCGCUGUCAUCACCAAUUCUAGGUUCAUGUUUAUCGCGGGUGGUAUCUACCACAUCGGUGGAUUCCGCAGCUCCGACAGAUUCUACACGCCCCUGCCGCUCUACCACACCGCGGGCGGAGUCAUGAGCGUCGGACAGAGUCUGCUGUACGGCGGCACCGUUGUCAUGAGGAAAAAAUUCUCGGCCAGCUCGUACUUCAGCGACUGCAUCAAGUACAAUUGCACGGUGGCACAGUACAUCGGCGAGAUGUGCCGAUAUAUAUUGGCAGUGCCCCCAAAACCAGAGGACAAGCAGCACAACAUCCGCACGAUAUUUGGUAAUGGACUGAGGCCGCAAAUCUGGCGGGACUUUGUCGCUCGAUUCAACAUUUCUCACGUCUGCGAGUUUUACGGAGCCACCGAGGGCAACGCGAACAUUGCAAAUAUCGAUAACAAAGUUGGGGCGAUAGGCUUCAUGUCGCGGAUUUUACCUGCGGUGUAUCCGAUAUCCAUCAUCAAAGUGGACGAGGACGGGGAGCCGAUCAGAAACUCCAAGGGCCUCUGCCAAGUGUGCGAGCCAAACGAGCCUGGCGUAUUCAUCGGCAAAAUCAUCCCCAACAAUCCGUCCAGGGCGUUCUUGGGAUACGUAGACAAAAAAGCAUCGAAAUCCAAGAUUGUCCACGACGUGUUUUCCAAGGGCGAUUCUGCCUUUUUGUCAGGUGAUAUCCUCGUGGCCGACGAGUUUGGGUACUUGUACUUCAAGGACCGAACGGGAGACACGUUCCGCUGGAAGGGGGAGAACGUCUCGACAUCCGAGAUCGAGGCCAUCGUCAGCAACCUGAUAAACUACCGGGACUGCAUUGUCUACGGCGUUGAGGUCCAUGGUGCCGAAGGCAGAGCCGGAAUGGCCGCCAUUUACGACGAAAAUGGCACCCUGAACAUCGACAAAUUGGCCAGCAACGUCAAGGAACAGCUCCCGGCCUACGCCAGACCGCAGUUUAUCAGGAUACUGACGAAAAUAGACCUGACCGGCACGUUCAAGCUGAAGAAGAAAGACCUGCAGAAUGAGAGCUACGACCCCAACAAGAUACGCGACAAGCUGUACUACCUGGACCCGAAGGCGGGCUACCAGCUGCUGACGCCCGAGGUGUACGAGCAAAUACAGUCAGGCAAGAUUCGCUUCUGAAGGGGGCCACUAGCAAGCAGCACCGAACUCGCGACCAAAGGAACAGGCCUCGCCGCUCCGCCGACAAACGUACAAAACGACACGAUAAUAAUAAUAAAAAAAAUAAAAAAAAAAAAAGCUUCGACCAGCGUCAUCGAGAGGACAAGGCAAGGAAGAGCAAACGACUGUCCGCGCCACACGGAUCCCCGGGGCAAGUUACGAGUUACGCUCGGGGGAAUCGCUCGACGACCGGGGAAAAGCUGUAUACAAAUGCCUCGUACCUACAUUAUACAUUACCUGCACUACCACCGCUGCUACACAAUUAUACAUGUACUUGCAAUUUUGGCUUGGGCCAUUUCUCGCCAACAUUCCUUUUGUAAAUAUUAAUCAAGCGAAAAAGCACCAAAUACUUUAUGGCGCUCCGAGCGAUCGAUCGCGAGCUGUCGUCGCUGUCGUCGAUACACGGGAUCGAGGGGGGGGGGGGUGCUACACUUAGGGUACGACACUCGACCUCUUUUUUUUUUCCUCCCUCAAUGUGUAUAAGGUAUACACACGUUAUAUCGUACGCGACGACUCGUGUUUCUGCUAUAUACUUACAAUGUACGAUAAUUAGGGACAUAAAUUGCACACACGUAUAUUUUUUAUACGCAUUGCCGUUCGGAUUGAUGAUUAUGAUGAGUGCGUUUUAGACGUUAGAAGGAAAGGAAGAAAGAAAAAAUAAAGUCAUUGCGCGAUGGACGAGGAGAUAAACGCGUGUUUGUUGUCCGUUAUGGCGAUGAAAUCGUCGUCCUGUUUUAGGUAGAGAUCGAAAGAGAUCGGUUACACGUGUUUUUUUUUUAUACAUAGGGUAAUGUGAGGGUGAUCGAUGAGAAACUGCUUAUGAUUUCGAUAUAGUGAUAGAGAUGAGAAAAAUAAAUAAAUAAAUAAACUAUGUUGAAUAGUGUAAAAAAAUGGUUUACCGGGAGCGAGAACACGUCGGUUAUGCGUUUAUGCGUUUGACGCACAGUUCAAGCGAAUCGUCGUGCUUUCUCGGCUUUUUGACUCUCUCUCACACCUCAAAGUGCAAGAAUCUUUCGGGUAGUAUACAGUUUUUUUUUUUUUUUUUUCGUUUUAGAUGUUUUUUUUUACAAAGAUGAAGGAGAAGAGAAAACGAAAGUAAAAGAGAGAGAGAAAAAAAGUACGUACAUAUAUGCGCGCAAUUUAUUAGCAUGUAAUUUUACUUUAACGACAGACAAUUUUAUUAUUUAUUUCAUUAGGGAGAGCCUCGAUGACUUUCGCCACCGCCGCCUUAUCUUCUCUUCGACGAGCUAUACAAUACUUUCUAUAUCGUCCGAUGCACAAUUUAUUAUUACGUUUCGUUUGUAUAUGCAUGUAUGUGACUGUGAUACAUCUUUUUCUUGAUCAACGAGGACAAAAUAUAUUAUUUUGUGAUUUAUUGUAAUGUCCUUGCUGCGAUGAUUUUCUGUAAAAAAAAAAAAAAACGUGGUGCAAUUCGUUGCGAGUACAUUUUUUUUUUUUUUUUCUUUUUAAAUAGCGUGAGGAAGUUAGCUGUUCGGUGAAAAAAAGUACCUUCAGGCAGGUAAUUUCCAGAAAGCAAAGAAUAAUCAGCAACUGGAGUUUUCGUGACGCUACGAUCGGAAGCCCAUCAAAUGUUACGAAUUUAUUGUUGGAAUGACGAUUACAAAUUCAGAAAAGACUGUUAUCAACAGAUUGUAAUAUUUUAUCUUCACAACAAUGGGGGUCAAUAUCUCAUCAGUUUAUUGUAAACGUGAUUAAUUAUUUUAACACGCACAGUCAUUAUACGUAUCAUUAUUAUCAAGAAGAUAAUGCUCGUACGUGGCUAAUAAGCAAACAAAAAGUAAUUCUGUAAUUUAGCACAUAUAUAUCUUUUGCUACAACGAUUAAUUAUCAACGACUUUUAUGUUUUUAGACUCGAUUUUUUUUUCAUCUAUGGUAGCUAAAAAUCUAUCACUUAUCAUUUUGUUAAGUACGUGCAAAAAAAAAUAUACAGCAGUCGGUGAUGCAGAGAGGAUCUCCAAAUGGAUAAUUUAUUUUUAUGUCAAAUGGGGUAUGUGUGCAGCUAAAUGUUGCGAUAAUUUAGAUUAUAUUGUUGCUUGUUAUCUUUUUAGAAUAAAAAAUUUUACCGUUUCUUAUUUUCCGUUCUUUUGCGUAUUUUUUAAAAAUUUCAAGUACUCAAGUCGAUUUUAUGCGGCUUUUUUUAAAUUAAUCAUCCAUGUGUUCGGUAAGAAUCAGAAACCACAAUUGUAAAAAAAAUUUACAAACACCUAUUUUACAAAUAUAUCAUUAUUUCACAGACUUGAAA